AUGGGUGCUGGCAGUUCUAAGCCCGAGGCUGCGGGCAGCUCUAGCCAUGUCUUUUCCAGCAACUCUCCCGUCCAGUUCUCCUCCAACCUAGUGGAUGCCCUCCAGUCCACUUCCGAGACUGACUCCUCGCGCACCAAGGCCAUCGAGCUCGAAAUCCAGAAGCGCGUCGCUCUCGAACUCGAGCGCCUCCACCAACGCGAGAAGCAAACUCUCGCCGAGAUCGAGAAGAAACUCUCUGAAGUCAAGAAUACCGACUCUCUCCCUGUGACCUCCGCGACUGCUCCCGUCGCCUCAACCAGCUCCGGCUACCCAAUCGGCUCCCUGAACCUCGAUGCGCCACGAGUCCCCUUCGCCGGACGCGAGCACGAGCCUUCACCCGUCUUCACCGCGCCGGCUCCCGCGCCCCAGGCUGUUUCCAACCGAGAUAUCUCGCGGGAUGCAGUGGCGAGUGAGAUUGAACAGCUGCGCAGCCGGUUGGACGGCCGACGAAAGCUGACGGAAUUGGAUGAGGGUGUUUCAAAGGCAAAGGCUGAUGUUGUUAGUUGCUUGCGGUUGAAUGACCGUCGGCCGUUGGACUGCUGGCAGGAAGUUGAAACGUUUAAGCGCGAGGUUGCGAAGAUGGAGCAGGCUUUUGUGGACCGCAUUGUUGGUUGA